UUGACUGUUAUUUUUUUCUCUUCUUUUAUAAUUAUUUUCCUGCUACAUUGAAACUCCACGAGGUUGGUUUAGAAUUUGCAGGAGCAAUUAAUAUUUUUUUUUUUCUUUUUAGCUGAAGAAUUAAUGUUACCAUUUAAAAAACACUUGUUUAUUUGUUUAUAAAAAGGGCAUAUGUCUUUGGCUUCAAGCUCCAACUAAUGUGCAUGUUCUUUUUUACCCUAUUUAGCUUUAAGCUAGUGAAAGUUUUUGAAGGGUUUUCAUAUGCAAAAGGUGUAACAUUGUUAUUGCUCCUUUUCCUCACUUGUGUUUUCUUAAGUUGUACUCUAUUUUUGUAGUAGGUUUUUUUCAUUUCCACAAGUAGUGGACCAUGUCAAAAUUGUAAGUUAGUUUGCCUAGUCCAUACAUUGUGAAAUUUGUUUGCUUUGUUAUUUUCUUCUACUGAUUAUUUGGUUAUUUUGGAGAAGUCAUUUCCAACAACUGGCUUAGUACUUGAUUUGAGUUACCUACCACUAACUUUCUUCAAUUAUUGAUACACUAUACCACAAGAUAUAAUUUUCAUGAUUAUUUUCUUAUCAGAAAUUUAUAAACAAUUUUUUGCACAAGUUCAUUUCAAGCAUCAUCAUACUUUUAUUGAUCCUAUCCUUUGUUGUCUGUUUGGUCAUUAAAACUCCAAAUCCUAUACAACUUUAAAAUUGUUACAAAAUUUUAAGGUCUAUCUUUUGAUUGUUUUAAUGGAUAUUUACUCAAAGAGAGUAAACUUUGUAGCCUUGGCACUCUGCAUGCACACAAGUUUAGCAUUUUUAGGAAUUUGCUUGGGACAAAGUUUUCCUGCUAAUUUUAUUUUUGGUGAUUCUCUGGUUGAUGCUGGAAACAACAACUACAUUGUUUCCUUAUCAAAGGCUAACUGUGUUCCGAAUGGAAUCGAUUUCGGUUCACCAAGUGGUAGAUACACAAAUGGAAGAACAAUAAUUGACAUUAUAGGUCAAGAAUUGGGUUUCAAACAUUUCACUCCACCUUAUUUAGCUCCCACAACUUCUGGACCAAUAGUUCUUGAUGGUGUAAAUUAUGCUUCUGGUGGAGGUGGAAUACUUAAUGAAACUGGGAAAAUAUUUGGAGGAAGAAUAAAUCUUGAUGCACAGAUUGAUAACUUUGCAAAUACGAAGCAAGAUAUUAUUUCCCAAAUUGGUCUCCCAGCUACCAUGCAAUUGUUUGAAAAGUCUCUCUUCUCAGUUACCAUUGGCUCAAAUGACUUCAUCAAUAAUUACUUAACACCAAUUCUCUCUAUUCCUGAGCAGAAGUUAAUGUCUCCAGACAAGUUUGUGGGAGCUAUGAUUUCAAGAUUGAGACUACAACUUAAUAGACUUCACAACUUAGGAGCUAGGAAGAUUGUGGUGGCUAAUGUGGGACCUAUUGGGUGCAUACCAUUUGAGAGAGAUAUGAAUCCUAAAUCAGGGGACAAUUGUGUAGCAUUGCCUAAUGAGCUAGCUCAGUCAUUCAACACCCAAUUAAGGAGCCUUGUUCCAGAGCUCAAUGCCAAUCUCAAAGGGUCAAAGUUUGUGUAUGCAGAUGUUUACCAAGUUGUUGAAGAUAUUCUUGAGAACUACAUAAAAUAUGGUUUUGAAUAUCCAAACUCUUCUUGCUGCUACCUUGCCGGGAGGUUUGGAGGUCUGAUUCCAUGUGGUCCUCCAUCAAAAGUGUGUUUGGACAGGUCCAAAUAUGUGUUCUGGGAUCCAUAUCAUCCUUCUGAUGCUUCUAAUGUCAUCAUAGCAAACCAUCUUCUUGAUGGUGACACUACUUUCAUUUCACCAAUGAAUGUCAGACAACUCUUAUCAUCUUAAUUCUUAAGCCAAUCACAAUAGGGUCACUAGAAUUUUGUUUUGAAUUUAUAUAAAAUAUAAUGAUAAGUAAUGACCUUCUUCCAUUAUUAAUGUCAUAUUGAGAUUUGUAGCCAAAAAAAAAUAAAGACAAUGUAUAUGUAAUCAUUUGAUUGUAAUGAAGCAAAUAUUUCUAAAUUAAGAUAUAAAAA